AUUUGAUGGCGCCAAUCGAAGAAUGUUGUUGGGCUGUGUGACUAGCAAAACAGUGUCGGUGCGCCAAGGCGAAUGGCAAAAUAAACAGAAGAAGUAGCAUCAGCAAGCCGCAUUUACUUUCGCGUUAGAAAUAAACAAUUUCGUAGUUGAAUAAGAAUUAAAACAGCAACAACAGAAUGGAAGAUGUACAAAAGCAUAGCGUACAUACGCUAAUAUUUCGUUCGCUAAAACGCACUCACGAUCUCUUCGUCUCCAACCAAGGCAACCUGCCCGACUUUGAUGACCACUUAGAGAAGGUGCGUCGCUCAAUCAAGGCACGCGACAUUUACGGUGUGGUAUUGGAUCGCGCCAAUAAGGCUCUGGAUGCCAAGAAGCUGUCACUACAAAACGGCGAUCCGGAACGUCCUUUGGCUGCCAUCGGCGAUGCCGCCGAUCUAAGCAUGACCGCCGCCGAAGGAGGUGCAGGCAACAGUCUGGUGCGAUAUGCACGGGGCGGCGUUGGUGCCGGUGGCAAGGAGAAGCCCAACAGCAUCAACAGCACAUCGCUGGUGCGUGCCUCAAUGCCCGGCAAUAGCGGCGCCGGCAGCGCGAACAGCAACGUACAACUGAUACCAAAGAAAGCGCCUAGCAUACCAAAGCCCAAGUGGCAUGCACCCUGGAAAUUGUCACGCGUCAUCUCCGGCCAUUUGGGCUGGGUGCGUUGCAUUGCCGUGGAGCCGGGCAACGAAUGGUUUGCCACCGGUGCCGGCGAUCGUGUCAUCAAAAUCUGGGAUCUGGCCAGCGGCAAACUGAAGCUAUCCCUCACCGGCCAUGUGAGCACUGUGCGCGGCGUCGCUGUCAGCUCCAAGCAUCCGUAUCUGUUCAGUUGCGGCGAGGAUCGUCAGGUCAAAUGCUGGGAUCUCGAGUACAACAAAGUGAUACGACACUAUCACGGUCAUUUGUCGGCGGUCUAUUCGCUGGCGCUGCAUCCCACCAUCGAUGUGUUGGCCACAUCGGGUCGCGAUUCCACAGCACGCAUCUGGGACAUGCGCACCAAGGCCAAUGUGCACACACUGACUGGACACACGAACACCGUGGCCAGCGUUGUGGCCCAGGCGACAAAGCCACAGAUUAUCACCGGUUCACAUGACUCGACGGUGCGUCUGUGGGAUUUGGCAGCAGGCAAAAGUCUGUGCACGUUGACGAAUCACAAGAAAUCGGUGCGCAGCAUCGUAUUGCAUCCAUCGUUGUAUAUGUUUGCGUCCGCCUCGCCCGAUAAUAUCAAGCAAUGGCGCUGUCCCGAGGGCAAUUUUGUGCAAAACAUCUCGGGACACACGGCAAUCGUGAAUUGCAUGGCUGCCAAUACGGAUGGUGUCCUGGCAUCGGGAGGCGACAAUGGCACCAUGUUCUUCUGGGAUUGGCGCACCGGUUACAAUUUCCAGCGCUUUCAGGCGCCCGUCCAGCCCGGCUCCAUGGACAGCGAGGCGGGCAUCUUUGCCAUGUGCUUCGAUCAGUCGGGCACCCGACUCAUCACCGCCGAAGCGGACAAGACGAUCAAGGUGUACAAGGAGGAUGACGAGGCCAGCGAGGAGACGCAUCCAGUUAAUUGGCGACCCGAGCUGCUCAAGCGGCGCAAAUUCUAAUCCUACACUACUCUAUUUAGUUGUAUGUCCUUUUUUAAUAGUAAAUAAAUUGCAAGCUCUUUAAUAAUUUGACCAUAUCAA